AUGCCAGGCGAGAAGCGGAAGCGUCACUCGUCGCAACAUAUCAGCGACACCGUUACCUGGACCCAACCUUAUACCAUCCCUCGGCCGCCAGCACGAGUCUGGCAAGAGAAGCAGCAGCAGGACCGGCGAUCCCCACCAACGUCCAAAUCCAAGACCCAGUCUCGGGAUUGCCUCACUAUUACGGAUCAAGUCUCCGAAACAUACAAUCUACCUCUACCAGAACAACAGGAUCAAGGGCAAAACCAGGUUCAGGCCCUGGAUGUUCCUGCUCCUAUCGACGAAGGCCACAAUGACAACCAUAAUGUUGUGGACACCAUGCUAUUCAGUAAUGAUCAGCCGUUCAACAACACAUCCUACAUAAUGCAUGAUCUCAAAAACCUACUUUGGCUCGGGGACCCGGAUAAGCUUUCAGGCUACAACGCACUGCAUCUCGCAGCCUACUAUGGGCAGGCCAGCACCGUGCGGUUGCUCCUGAAAACACACCCUGCAGACGUUGAUCUCUUAACGGAUCAUGGUCAAUCCGCCCUGCACAUCGCUACCGCAGGGCUGCAUAUCGAUGUCGUCCUCGCGCUAUUGGACUAUGAGGCAGAUUUAGAGCUCCAAGACAACCAAGGCCGGACACCACUUCAUGUCGCCGUGCUGACUGGUGCACAUGCUCCAGCUCAGCUGCUGGUAGACCGUCGCCUAGAGUGUCUUCAUAUGCGAGAUAUGACGGGAUGCACUCCUUUACAUGUCGCUGUCAUGUUGGGCCACGACGAUAUAGUGCGUCUAUUUCUGGGCCGAGGGGCAGACCGAGCUGCCAUCGUUGUGUGAUGCAAUUUCUGACGCUCUGUGAGCUUGACAUAUUGCAUGGAGGCUGUUUUUUUAUUAUAAACCAGACUGCAAUUUUUGCGUAGAUUUAGAAACAGAGAAGUGGAUUGUGGAUUAUACGGAUUAGACGAUAACCUGGGUACAGCAAAGAGCUGUUCCUUCAUCCCAUCGAGAAGCGGAGGUGGAGGGUAUGGGCACAAAGAAAAGGAUUUAUGACAUACAUGGGAUUUAGAAAGACGUUAUAUACUUGAUCUAGCUCGGGGCAAGACACGAGUCUGCAGGUGCACAUAUUGGCCACACCAUAUACAACAUAUACGACAAGGAAGGUGGUGUUACUACCACCGACGGGGUGGUAAUAGUUGGGAGGGAUCGGUUGGUUUGAUGUGAGGUGCGGAAGGUGUGAGCGCAGCGGUGAGAAAUUCCCUAGGUGGUGAGAAAAGCGCGACAACAGCUAGGUGGUGCAACAACAGCUACCGAUAGCCUGGAACGGCAACAACGACGACAGGGGAUGAUUCGGGUGAAUGACCGGAGCAUAGCCAGAUGCGGGUUAGGGACACCACGUCGGUUGUUAGACACCACGCAUCUAUCAAGAGUGGUUGAAUUUCUCGCGCCGCAGUGGUUGGAGGCAGGAGUUGUCCGCUCCAUAUUUAUGGGUCUGUGAUGAGGCAGCCAAGGCUAGAGUUGGCGUGGCGGGGGGUCUUAUAUAUACAUGGAUUUCUAUCCCUAGGUAGGGUGCGGAUGGUGGGUAAAUGUGAUAUGUCUGUUCAUAUGGGGAGGGGAUGCAACGUGGGACGUCUCGUGUGCUAGUGUUUAUAUACAUGGAUUUCUAUUUCCGAGUUGGUGCAGAUGGUGGUUGGAUAUGGGGUUUCUGUUCAUAUGUGGCGGGGUUGCUCGGCUACUUGCACAUAUAGACGUUAUGACCAUGAUAAAUGGAUAAAUGAGAAAUAUAUAUUCCCC